AUGGAUUUUGGCUAUGGAAUCUGUGGACACAAGAAUGUGUAUUCUACUGGUGUCAAGGUUGGUAACUACGUUGAAGACCGUAUUGGGGCUGAAUUGGCACGUAAUAGCUUGUCGAAGCCGAUUAAUAAGCACUCAGAGUAUACUGCGAGCUUUAUCCAGCCCUGCGCAAUGCCGCACAAAUGCGUCCACGCCCCUUCUGAGAAUCCAGCGGAGCGAAACAUGCUUCGUCAAGGUCUAUCCUAUAACCUUAUGUUUGAGCACGGAAGACCGCACAUGCGUUCGGAUGCCGAGCAGAUUGCUUGCUUCAGGCAGACAUCCCGCGACUAUGGUCAAGUUUGGCCUAACAAUCAAAUGAUCAAUCUUUUGAGCAGUGCACCGGAUAAGAGGAAGCAACAAGAGAUAAAGAGGCUGCAAGAGGCUCGUCAGGAGCGGAAUCCUUAUCUAUCAACAUCGAAGGCGGUGCAUAGAGCUACUUGUGUUAAUUAUAAUAUAAAAUAG